UAACCUCGGUACGACGCCGCGAAAGGUUACGAAUAUGCUAUCGGGUCCAACCGUCGGCAGCGCGCAUUCUCCAAAGUGAGGAGACACCCGAAGAUUAUAACAUAGCCUCGCUUCCCUUGUUACGAUGUCAUGAUGGAAAGCGGAGUUCUCUGCACUUGUAGGUGAGGGGGUCGGCGUUACUUCGAUGUCACGCUUAGCGAUAAUGUCGAAUGCUCAACAAAGAUAACACAUGCAUCAGGAAUGUUCAGUCCUGUUGCUUCCGCGCAUGGCCUUGUGUCCGAAUGUUUUUAUUCCUCUUCUGCCGUAACUAGACGCUGUUCCCAUUCUUUGACGCGGCUACACCGCCUCGCGCCACUUGCCUUUGACAACACCAUGACGGGCUCAAUUCGAAAGCGCCGCCAUCGGCGAAGAUUCUUGUUGGCACGACCGGGUUUGCCCGGUGUCUGGUUCGAGUCGUGUAAACACAUGGACAAGUCUCCUUUUUCUUGUUACGCGACUUUCACCCAAUAUAACGCCCUUCCUACCAUGGCUUGUGUUAGAACCCGGGCCAUAGACCUCAGAAAUCAAAGAACAAUGAUGAAGAGAUUGGAAGAUCAACAUUUCAAAAGCGCAUGUCUGAGCGUAUGUCUGGCCGUCCAAGAUCGCCUACCCAGGGAGCUCAGGGACAUGAUAUUUGCGUAUCUGCUGCUUGAAGAUGGGGUCCAUGCUCGAUUAUUUCACUACUACAACACGCUUGAUCCGAAAGCACCGAGACAUUAUUGGAAUAGAGCAUUUACUGGGGACGCGACUCUCCGCGAGCUGACAGAAUCCUGGUAUCGUUCAGUCCGUUUCGACUUCGACAGGAGCCUUGACUUUCUCCCUCAUCUACUGGCUCAAAUAGAUACUACUCUACAUUGCACGCGCCAGGAACUCAUUGGAAGAGCAAGCUUCAAGAUCUUGCAAUGCGACUUGGAUAGGUGGCCAGCAGCGGACGCAAAUGGCAUCCUCUCCCCGCAGAGCUUGCUGCUGAAAAACAUGGAGUAUCUGUUUCUAUUACGACCUGGCGCAAAUAUCUAUGUCAUUCUCGAAUCGCCACUUCCAUGGUUUUCAGAGUCCAAGAACCUGCAGGAGCGACAGGCUCAAUUUCUCACUCGCGUGCUGAAUAUCAUCUUCUCGACAUUGCAGCGGUUGCGACAGUCUGGCUACUCUAUUGCCAUAUCGAUAGAUCCUGGCUCAAAUGUACGAUUUCAGGAUGGCCAACAAAUCUGGCGUUACGAGCUGAAGAAUCUGAUUACGCCAAGCAAUGCGCAGUUCUCCUGUGAGGGCUUUGUUGAUAAAUUCAUGAAGGAUGAUGGCAGGACACUCAAAUACAAGUCGCCUCCGAGAGUUACGGACCGAAGCAUUGGUUUGCAUUGACGGUGGCCAUAUUCGCGUGAUUCAUUGCCGCAUUUGCACUUACCACGAAGUCGAUGCACGGAACAUUCAAUGCAACAGUCUAGAAUGGCGUAGCAACCACACACACACACACACACACACACACACACACAAAUGGCUUCAGAUGUGGCACCAUGCACGUGAAUCUACAGUGCCGCGUUUGCUUGUGUGCCAUUUGUGUUGUGCAAAUAGUUGCUCCCC